CAACUGCUAUGUCUGUAAUCAGAUCAUCGGUUUUGAGUGAGGGAGGGGAGGACCACUGGCGAAGCGAGCACUGUACAGCAGCAGCGGAGCCAUGCCGACGAGAGCGGCGAAAAAAGCACGUCCAGGACUGUCGGUUAUGAAUUAAAUCCAUGCACGACAGAAUACUGUGUUAUUCAUGUCAUCAGGGCGAAUACGAAUAAUUUGCAGGAAUAUUCUGAGACAUAUUUGAUCCAUCCAGUAGAUGUAUAGUUUUUUGGUGUGUUUGUUUUGGGGGGUUUUUUAGGCAAAAAAAAAAAGAGGACUCCCUAUGACCGCCGUGAAGUCAGGGGUGUUUGUGCAUGGUGAGGUGUUCCGGGCAGGUGUUCCGUAAGAACAGGGACUGUGGUCUUGUGCAGCCUCUGAAUCGAGCCACGAGUCAGCGAUGGCUAUGGGUCUGUCGUCGAAAAACGCAUCUUCUCGGAGCGUCGGCGUGGAACGUAAAAAUCUCAUCACAGUUUGCAGGUUCUCUGUGAAGACGCUCCUGGAGAAGUAUACCGCCGAACCCAUCGAUGACUCGUCCGAGGAGUUUGUCAAUUUCGCCGCCAUCUUGGAGCACAUCCUUAGCCACCGCUUCAGAGGUCCUGGAAUAUGGUUUAGCUAUGACGGUCAGCGCAGCUUCUGGGACUACAUCCGCCUGGCCUGCGACAAGGUGCCCAACAACUGCAUCGGCAGCAUCGAGAACAUGGAGAACAUCAGCACGUCACGCGCCAAGGGCCGGGCGUGGGUUCGAGUGGCUCUGAUGGAGAAGCGGCUGUCUGAAUAUAUCGCUGCAGCCCUGAGGGACUCGCGAACGACCAGGUUCUAUGAUGACGGUGCCAUCAUGCUUCGGGAAGAGUCCACAGUGCUCACUGGCAUGCUGAUCGGCCUCAGUGCCAUAGACUUCAGCUUCUGCCUCAAAGGAGAAGUGCUGGAUGGAAAGUCUGUGCCGAUGAUUGACUACACACCCUAUCUGAAGUUCACACAGAGCUACGAGUACCUGAGUGAUGAAGAAGACCGGUGUAGUGUGGGCAGCAGCACCAGCGAUGACAGCACCUCUGAACCUCCCUUCCUCCCCCUGGUCCCCCGCGAGGAGAGCUGGAGCAGCAAGUGCCGCAAGAUGGAGCAGAGGUUUAAGAUCGUCUACGCCCAAAAGGUGAUCGCCUAUGCCCAAAAAGUGAUGGAGCAGAGGUUUAAGAUCGUCUACGCCCAAAAGGGUUACCUGGAGGAGCUGGUUCAGCUGCGGGAGUCCCAGCUGAAGGGGCUGGAGACAGAGAAGAGGAGCCUGGGCUUGCAGCUGAAGGAGCUCCAGGGCCAGAGCCACCUGCACAAGCAGGAGCUGGAGAGCGUGGUGCUGGAGCUGCAGGCACAGCUGGCUUCUCUAAUGACCUCUGACACCAACCACCUGGCCAAGGAACCACCCAUCCAUCUGGUCAACCAGCGGUCCCCACUCCGAACCUUCAACAACCAGAAAGAUGUGAAGAACAUCCGCAGGAGGAGUUUCCACUGUCUGAAGCAGAUCUCCACAGAGUUCACCGAUCAGUCUGAUUCACCAAAAACAGAUGAAGGCAGAAUGGGGAUGCCUGGUGCCAGCCCGGUAGAGGCUACGCCCCCCCUGUGUCAACCCCAUGGGGCUCCCAGGUCUGCCUCCCUCCCCAGCUGCAAGUCCCCGUCCAACCAAUAUCUGGUCAACCCAGCCCCCUCUCCCAGCUAAGGGCUGCCACCACCUACUCCUGGGGGAGUACUGCAGAGCCCUUCUGGCCAAUAACCUGCCAUUGAUGUCCCUGUCUGUCUUCCGUCAGCCGCUAACCCCAGAGACCGUGCUCUCCUGUACUGAAUAGACGGCACAAGCAGGCUACCGUGCUAAUGAAUGAUCGCGUCUGCAGGUCUUUUUAGUUUGGGAUAUGUUCUGUACGAUUGUGUGUGUGUGUGUGUUUUUGUGUGUGUGUAUGUAUGUGUGUGUGUGUGUGUGUAUGUGUGGGGAGGGGGGGUUUCCAUCACCAUUCCUCAUCAUGCCUGGCCCUCGGGAGUAAUCACAGGUUGAGAAGUCGGCGUGCCGAGAACGUCAAAAGUAUAUACCACCAUUUUCCAGAUGGACUUGCAUUACAAGACUGCAUUUCCCAGUCUCCGAUCUCUCUGCUGAGGGAUGACCUGUGACCAUUGGCAGACUGAAUUCGUCUUUCGUUUGUCCAUGAGGCUCGUCUAAUUGGCUGCUCUUCAGUUGUUAAAUGGAAGCUAACUGGAAAUAUCCCAUAACAAGCACUUGUUAUCAAAAUGGUGUAUUCAUGUUGGAGAGCUUUUGCAUAUAUAGACACAAUCUUUCAGAAUAGUGUUCUCAUUUAUGCCAUUAAUUUACAGCCUAUUCUUGUGUUUCAGAAUGUCAAUUUUUAUUUAUUUUAUUGAUAUAUGUACAUGCAUUUUGUGAAUUCAGAUAUGUUUGGAAAACCUCAAGUCACAAUAAAACUCAUCUUUUGGGA